CAUCACCACAUCUUCUCCACCCUCUUCUUUUAAAAACCCCUCAUUCUCUUCUCUUUCUCUCCUCAUAUCAAAACUCACCAUGAAUAUUUCUAAUUAGCCUGGCAACUUCUUCCACACCCUUCUUUUUCUUUCUUUCUUCACUUCAUCCAUUAUUUUAAAGUGUGCCACACAAACACAUGUCAUGGGAGCCUUUUCCCAUUUUGAACAAGUCUCGAAAUGCAACACUGAAGGAAGAACAAACCAAACGGUAGCCUCAGACUUAGAUGGCACGCUACUUGUGUCGCGAAGCGCUUUUCCGUACUACAUGCUGGUGGCUAUCGAAGCCGGGAGCCUCUUAAGAGCUUUGAUACUCUUAAUAUCUGUUCCAUUUGUGUACUUUACAUACAUAUUCAUAUCGGAGACCGUCGCUAUCAAAACCCUGAUCUUCGUCACCUUUGCAGGUCUGAAGAUCAGGGACGUUGAAAUGGUGGCGCGGUCCGUACUCCCAAAAUUCUACUCCGAGGAUGUUCAUCCAGUGACGUGGAAAGUUUUUAAUUCAUUUGGCAAGCGGUACAUUGUAACCGCUAGCCCUAGAUUAAUGGUGGAGCCUUUUGUUAAGACGUUAUUGGGGGCUGAUAAGGUUCUUGGAACUGAACUUGAAGCUACAAAAUCAGGAAGGUUGACUGGGUUUGUUAAGGAACCUGGUGUUCUUGUUGGUGAGCACAAGAAAACUGUUCUUGUUAAAGAAUUUCAGUCCAAUUUGCCAGAUUUGGGACUUGGAGACAGUGAAACUGACCAUGACUUCAUGUCAAUUUGCAAGGAAGGAUACAUGGUCCCAAGAACAAAAUGUGAGGCACUUGCAAGAAACAAGCUAAUAAGUCCGAUCAUCUUCCAUGAGGGUAGGUUUGUUCAAAGGCCAACUCCACUAGCUUCCCUCUUAACCUUCCUAUGGCUGCCAAUUGGCAUUAUCCUCUCAAUCCUAAGGGUCUACCUCAACAUCCCCCUACCUGAAAGAAUUGCAUGGUACAACUACAAGCUUCUUGGAAUAAGGGUAACCGUUAAAGGUACCCCUCCACCACCCCCAAAGAAAGGACAAAGCGGAGUCCUAUUUGUUUGUAACCACCGCACCGUUUUGGAUCCGGUGGUUACGGCCGUUGCGCUUGGACGCAAAAUUAGUUGCGUUACUUACAGUAUAAGUAAGUUCACCGAGAUCAUUUCGCCGAUUAAGGCCGUGGCGCUUUCCCGGGAACGAGAGAAAGACGCUGAGAAUAUUAAGAGAUUGCUUGAGGAAGGAGAUUUGGUGAUUUGCCCUGAAGGCACCACCUGCAGGGAGCCGUUUUUGCUGCGGUUCAGUGCGCUUUUCGCCGAAUUAACGGACAGGAUUGUUCCGGUUGCCAUUAACACUAAGCAGAGUGUGUUUUAUGGAACAACGGUUAGGGGUCACAAACUGUUAGACCCUUAUUUUGUGUUUAUGAACCCUAUGCCGACGUAUGAGAUCACUUUCUUGAACCAGCUUCCCAAGGAGCUUACUUGCAGCGGAGGAAAGUCGGCGAUUGAGGUUGCCAAUUACAUUCAGAGGGUUCUUGCUGGGACACUUGGAUUUGAGUGCACCAAUUUGACGAGGAAGGAUAAGUAUGCUAUGCUUGCUGGAACUGAUGGAAGAGUUGCAUCUUCUAAGAAGGAGAACAAAGCUUAAUUCCAAAAGAAGGAAAAAAAAAACAUGUUGGAAUUUCCUUUUUGAUUCUGUAUUAUUUGGUUACCAUUGUGUUUCCAAAUUAAAAUGUUCUUAGAAUUAUAAUAGUAAUAAAGAGAAAAAACAACUGAUUG